AUGGCUUUGGGGCCGCCCAAAGCGCGACCACCGAGGAGCGGGAGAGAGGCCGCCGAUCCCGCCAAAGGACCUGAGGAAUCACAGGAGGACCGGAGGGAGAAGCAGGACGCGUUCUUCGACAGCUUGCCGCAGGAUCACCUCACCCACCCGGAGUUGGACCUGCGAGACUUGUUGGUGGAGGCUUUGAAGGGGAAGGGGCUCGCGAAGCUGUCUCCCAUCGCCUCGGAUCGGGAGUUUUGCCGCAGGAAGGCUCUCUUGGAGUGGCCGCGUGGGAUCCGGCUCACUGCUUGGAUCGAGAAUCGCAUCGGAGCAGAGGUGGAAGUGGUGCAUGGCGCCUUCGGAUCGGAGGUGGGCGUUCGCUUACUCGACGUCGGGGGCAUGGAGGAAGUUGAUCCAGAAGCCUUCCUGGCAAGCCUACCGCCAGACGACUUCACGCAAGAAGAGAACACACUGCGACAAAAGCUCUUUGAAGCUUGGCGAGACUUGACAUCAAGGAGCGACCAGCGCGAUGUUAGCCUGCUCGACCUCGGCGAGCAUCCGAACGUGAAGAAAGCUGGGGGUUUUUUGCCGCCGAAGAUGCUGAGAUCUUGGAUUGAGGCGCGCCUCGGCGCGGAGAUGCUCCUCACCGAGAACGAAGCAGGCGAGCUCUUGGCCGACUUCGUCAGUGUCGAUACGGAGGUCGCCGAGGCGCCCCCUGAGGCGCCCCUGGUGCCGGCGGAUGCGCGUGCAGAGGUUGAAGAAAAAGCUCGCUUGUUCUUUGACGGGCCUUUGCGUCCGGAAGAGAAAGACUUGGAGCGGGCUUGCAUUGAUGCGAUCGUCAAAAGCACGCUGUCUGCGAGCACAUCCUUCACAUCCACCGGCUGCAGCACGCCUCUGAACCUUUCCUCCGUCCUCAAUGCAGACAAGGCUUUCCAGGAAGUUUGGCGGAGGUGUAAAUCGGAGUGGGCCGCUUUGGAGCCGCCGGAGGGGCCUGUGGAGGUUACGCUGACAAACUGGGUGGACUGGCGGGUGGCGGACGUGAAGGUGUCCAGAGAACCGCGAGUUUCGCUGAGAAGCAAUGCUGUGGCCCGCCUGGGUCUCCAGCGUCAGCUGCAGAAGCGGCCCAACAGUCCCGGACGAGACCGAGGAGACGGAGCGAGGGGCGGCGGAGCACCCAAGAGGCCCAGGCCCUCCACGGGGUCCCAUCUGCAUCCCUACGAGGAGCCCGAAAGGAGCCACCAAGGUCCAGAGGAGGCUCAGGACGAUGAGCGGCUGCAAGCCUCCCGACCAAAGGAGCUUGCCAACGGUUGCGUCAGGGCGAACGCGUGCCGUGAGAUUUUCCACAACCCCAGUGAGGUGCGCGCCGCCAUCGUGACUUGCGGCGGGCUCUGCCCCGGGCUGAACUCCAUCAUCCGGGAGAUCACGAAUUGCCUGUGGCACCAGUAUGGCGUCAAGACCAUCCUCGGCAUGCAAGCCGGAUACAAUGGGUGCAGUGCGCCGGACGACUUCCCACCAAUCCAGCUUAAUGUCGACAAUGUGCGAGACAUCCACAUGAAAGGAGGCAGCAUCUUGAAGGCGGGGCGUGGCGGAAUGGAUGAUCCGGAGAAGAUCUUGGAUCAGCUUGAGAAGAUGGGCAUCAACAUGCUCUUUACCGUCGGCGGCGAUGGUACUCAGGCUGCAGCGAACUUGCUGUACCAAGCGGCGCGCAAGAGGGACAUGCCUUUGUCCAUAGUCGGGGUGCCCAAGUCCAUCGAUAAUGACAUCGUCUUCUUCGACAAGACCUUCGGCUUCGACUCCGCAGUCGCUGCGGCCUCCGAGGUGAUCCGGAACGGCUGGGUGGAGGCGACGAGUUGUGCGAAGGGCGUGGGCAUCGUGAAGUUGAUGGGACGUGAUGCUGGCUUUGUUGCCAUGCACGCGGCGCUGGCCUCCACCAUCGUGGACUUGGUGAUGAUUCCGGAGGUGGACGUCGAGAUGGAGGAGAUCAUGAAGCACGUGGAUACUACCUUGGCACGCAAGGACUUCAUGGUCGUCGCAGUGGCGGAGGGUGCUGGGCAAAAGUUUGUUUCGACGGGGAAGAAGGAUUCGACGGGUCACACAGUGUAUGGCGACAUCGGUACUUACCUUAAGGACCAGAUCAACUCGCACCUGAAGAAGAGCGGCGGACGGUCCUUCUACAUCGACCCCUCCUACAUCAUCCGCUCCGUGACCAUCCGACCAAACGACCACAUCUACUGCUCCAGGCUGGCACGUGAUGCCGUCCACACGGCGAUGCGAGGCUACACUGGCGUUUGCGUGGGGCCGAUCCACAACAUCAUCGUGGUGAUGCCCUCCAACCUCAUCGCCAGCCGAAAGAAGCGAAUCAGCGUUCACAGCAGUUCUUGGCAGUCCUGUGUGCAGUCCUGCAACAUGCCCAAGUCUUUGGCCGGCCUCAACAAGUGA